GGCCUCGGCGGGCGGCCCCGGCGCACAGCCGCGGCCGGGGCGCGCGGCGCGGGGCGGAAAAGCCUGUUUACACAGACUGCACACCGCCUGGGGAAUAAUGCAGUAAAGGAAGUGAGCCGGCUCGGCCUGACUGCUCCAACUUCCUGCUCUCACACACACCAGAGGAAAAAAAAAAAAAAAAAAAAAAAGGAGCGAGAGAAAGAAAAAAAAGGGGGAAAAAUCAGGAUCUCAUUACAAGAGCAACAGACCGUCUGCAGACGCCUGUCAGCAUGGAAAGUCGGGGGCUUUCGCCCGGUUCCUCCUAGAAAUUCCCCCGAAGAAGGAUCUUGAAAGCUCCCCCACAUCUGGGUAUGGAGAGUGCAAUCACCCUGUGGCAGUUCCUCUUACAGUUGCUGCUGGACCAGAAGCAUGAGCACCUGAUCUGCUGGACCUCCAACGAUGGUGAAUUCAAGCUCCUCAAAGCAGAAGAAGUGGCCAAACUGUGGGGACUCCGAAAAAACAAAACAAACAUGAACUACGAUAAGCUGAGCAGGGCCCUGCGAUACUAUUACGACAAGAACAUCAUCAAGAAGGUGAUUGGGCAGAAGUUUGUGUACAAGUUCGUCUCUUUCCCGGAGAUACUGAAAAUGGACCCUCACGCGGUGGAGAUCAGCCGGGAGAGCCUUUUGCUGCAGGACAGCGACUGCAAGGCGCCUCCCGAGGGCCGAGAGGUGCACGGACACGGCUUGUCAGCCCUUAAAAGCACGAGCCGCAACGAAUACAUCCACUCAGGCCUGUACUCGUCCUUCACCAUUAAUUCCCUGCAGAGCCCACCAGAACCCUUCAAGGCAAUCAAGACGGAGAAGCUGGAGGAGCAGCCGGAGGACAGCCCUCCCGUGGAGGAAGUCAGGACGGUCAUCAGGUUUGUGACCAAUAAAACCGACAAGCACAGCAGGAGGCCCGUGGUGGCCCCGCCCUCCACGUCUGAGGCCUUCCUGGCCUCCUCUGUCUCGGCCAAGAUCUCCUCCUUCAUGCUGCCAAAUGCCGCCAGCAUUUCCUCUGCUUCGCCCUCCUCGUCUCGGUCCCCGUCCCUGUCCCCCAACUCGCCCGUGCCUUCUGAACACAGAAGCCUCUUCCUGGAGGCCGCCUGCCAUGACUCGGAUUCCCUAGAGCCCUUGAACCUGUCAUCGGGCUCCAAGACCAGGUCUCCAUCUCUUCCCCCAAAGGCCAAAAAACCCAAAGGCUUGGAAAUCUCUGCGCCCCCGCUGGUGCUCUCUGGCACCGAUAUUGGCUCCAUCGCCCUCAACAGCCCAGCCCUUCCCUCGGGAUCCCUCACCCCAGCCUUCUUCACCGCACAGACACCAAAUGGACUGCUUCUGACCCCGAGUCCACUGCUCUCCAGCAUACAUUUCUGGAGCAGCCUUAGUCCCGUUGCUCCACUGAGUCCUGCCCGGCUGCAAGGGCCAAACACGCUGUUCCAGUUCCCAACACUGCUUAAUGGCCACAUGCCCGUGCCAAUCCCCAGUCUGGACAGAGCUGCUUCUCCAGUACUGCUUUCUUCGAACUCGCAGAAAUCCUGAUGACAUCUGGCCACAAAUAAAGACUCAUUAACUGAUGAAACAAAUUUGUCCCCAUGGGUUAGUUUACCUGUGUCAUGAGAAGGACAUUGUGAAACCCUGUUAAUUUGGUUUGCACUUUUCAUAACAUGGAGGGUCUAGAUUUAUGUUAGCAUUUUUAAAACUUUUUUUAUAUUCAAGUAUAUAUGAAAAUCUGUUUUGCAUUAAGUGAAUUUUAAUGUUUUUGUUUUUAUAUCCUCUUAGCUUUUAAGUGUUGAACACUGUUGACAGUGAAGAACUUUUCUUAAUGGUUUUCAGUGUAACUAAUAAGGAUGUGAAGCUUUUUUCCUCUUUAAUUCUGCAUAUGCUGAACUGUGCUUAUAUACACUAUAACCAGCUGUGCCUUCCUUUGCAUUUAGUGUUAUGUAAAUGAUUUAUAUAUUUUUAGUAUUAAGGGAAAAUGUUUGAAAGACAAAAAUUAGUAUCAAACAGCUCUCUAGUAGAACUUCAUUAUUUUUCACAAGUAGGCAAUAUGAAAGCAUAUUCAUAUUACUUUUUCUUUUUUGCUUUCAAUUGUAUAAGAAUUGCCUUAGAACCUCUUUUGAACUGAAAUUCAGUAAAUGUAAUGUCCAAGUAAUGUUUUUAUAAGAAGAAACUAAGCCAUAUUUAGACAAUAAACAUUCAUAGAAGAAAAUGUUCUAAAGUGCAUUUUUUUUAAAAGUGAACUUUGAAAGGCUAGGCUUCUAGCUGUUUAAAAUCUUUCAGACUCCUCCCAAACAAAAACCUGAGAGGGAAAAACUACAUCAAGUUCAUUCUAUCUAUCCAUGCCCCUGGAAUAUUUCCUAGGUUAGCAUAUUCUUAUUUCAAAAAAUUAGCCCUGGUUCUCCCAGUUUUCCACAGGGGAUCACACCCCUCUGAUAUAUUUCCUGUAUCAUUCAUUAUGAGUUACAGUUUCUUUCUUUAAAUCCCUGGAACUAUAAGUAACAAACAUUUAAAAAUCCUAUGCUUUGGAAGAGGCUCCCAGACUGCUGAUGAACACAAACAAACAACAAAGAAACAAUUUUGUAACAGCAGGCAUCUUCAUGUGUAUAGGAAAUUGAGAGGUAGGAUACACUGCUUUAUGUAUUACUAAGUUUAUGGUGAGAAUGAAGGAAAUCUGAUACAAGAAAUAUAAAAUUCUUCAGGAACCUCAUCAUUGUGGAACUGAUUGAUUAUACAACAAUUUGGAACACUCAGCAGUAAAUUCUGUGUAGUGUAGUGUAGUGUAGUUUAGAGCAGUGAUAAUAGAAACAUUUUCUGCUCCUUCAAAAAAUCAGCAGGCACUCUAAGGCAUUGUUCUGUACAUGAAGAAGGAAAGUUCUCAUGUAAAGAUAAGAGAACUGGAAAGUGCCCAGUGCUUUCAAGUCAAGAUCAGGUUAAUUAUCAUCCUUUACUGUAAGUAAUAAAAACCAAUUUGAAAUGUGGCUAAAUAAUUGAUUCAAACCAGGUGUUAAAUGGCAGGGAUUGUGAGAAAGGGUAAAAAAUAAAGCUUAUAGGGGCCGGUUCCGUGGCUUAGCGGUUAAGUGCACGUGCUCUGCUACUGGUGGCCCAGGUUCAGAUCCUGGGCGUGCACCAACGCACCACUUGUCUGGCCAUGCUGAGGCAGUGUCCCACAUACAGCAACUAGAGGGAUGUGCAACUACAACAUACAGCUAUCUACUGGGGCUUUGGGGAGAAAAGGCAGGGGAAAAAAAGGAGGAGGAUUGGCAAUAGAUGUUAGCUCAGGGCUGGUCUUCCUCAGCAAAAAGAGAAGGAUUGGCAUGGAUGUUAGCUGAUCUUCCUCACACACACACAAAAAAAAAGCUUAUAAAAAACAUUUCUUGAAUUUUCAAAAAAUCCAAAAUUUUGUUAUAUUCAUAAAUUUUGAGAUUUUCAAUUGGAAUUGAGCAUCUGUAUGUGUGGCAUAUAUGCCCUCAUCAGGAGAAAAAAUCCAAACUCUCUAAUAUGCAUCUUUGAAUAUAAAGUAAUGGGACUGAUUCCAAAAUCCACAGACAGACACUACUGUCACUCCCUCAUAGGCUAAGGAUAAUUGUGUGCUAAAAUAAAAGAGCUGGUCCAGGGAACUGAUAUUUACCAAACAUAAAAUGUUAGAGCUGGAAGUGGCCUUUGAGAAUGCUCCCACCACCAUUUCCAAAUAAGGACAAUGGCACAGGAGAAGCUGGAAGUUGCCUAAGGCCACACAGCUCAUUAACGGUAGAACAAUGAUUGGUGCUCAGUCCAGUUCUAUUUCCCCAUGCCUAGCUAUAAGUACUACUGGUCCAAAACUAUAUGUUAGGUAGAAAAAAAGAGAUAAAGAUACAGCAUUAAAAAAAUUUGUUUUGUCAGAUAAGAGAAGAAUACACCCCAAACGCAAGAUUCUUACAGAUAAUCUAACUAAAGGAAGUUAAUGUGCAAAAAUCUCAACCAAAAAUAUUUUUAAAUGCUGAUUGGAAAUAUUCAAAUGACUAUAAACCUGAUUCUUGUAUUCCUCUCCUCCAAAUACUAUAAUUAACAUAUACUCUAGGCUCCAUUUAUUACAAGUGUAAAAAUAAUAAAAUUUCUGAGGGAUCAAAAAACUAGAACACAAAUAGAGAACUGGAGGUAUUGAAGUAUAAAACCCUUGUGACUCUGCCUCACUCUGUGUGUGUGUGUUUGGUUUUUUUUUUUUAACAACUAUUUUAGUCAGAAAAUAGGUUUCAAAGAACAUAUUAAAUCACUUUUUUUCCCUUUUUAUACGUCUGCUUGAUCAGUGUUACACUGCUAUGGCUAAAGUUUUAUAGAACUAUAACCUAAAUGUUGGUUUCUUUGUGUACAUCUUUUCUAUGACUGCCUAUCUUCAUUCACUUUUACAUAUGUAACAUUUUUUUACUGUUAUAUUAUUUUUGUUCAAUAAAUACUUUGUGAUAAAAGGUG